AUGCUCAACACUCCCAUCAAGAAAAUACGCAACUUGCGGCUUCUGCUGCCCCGCCUGCCGCUGCUGCCCGUGCGGUACCCGUCCAUGAGCGACUUGCCGGCUCCUCAGGACCGUAUGUUUGAAAACAUGGUCGACAAGGGUUACUCCCAGACUUUCAGCAACUCCGUGCUCCAGGAGCUCGACCUCCGUGCCCAGGAGAUAUCGGGCCAGAUAGAGCCGCUGCCGGAACGCAGGGAACGGAGAAAACGGUACCUGGGAGCCCACAAGCCGUUGUUCCAGAAGAUGGAGUCCAUUUCUUCACAUUAUGCUGCUUCACGGAACAGACUGCUGCCACGCCACGAUGGCAGUGCUACGAAGAAGAGAAGGACACUUAACGGGCCGGAAGAGGUGUUUGGCAAGGAAAACGAGCUGCCGCUUAGGAGAAAGAACGAGACAGAACAGAAGAUCGAAAAAGUGCUGCUUGGACAAGGCCCCACUUUGGCGCCUCCAGCGGCGGCCCAGUGGUCCAAUGACAAAAUAAGAGGUAAUGCUUUCAACGGUGGCAAGGACUCCAGAACCGAAAUGGGUGCAUUUUCAGGCCACUUCAAAUCGCCUACACACUCGCCAACACAUUCACCAAUGCAUUCGCCUGAAACAGAACAUUCUCCUUCACGUUUCACCAGAAUCUCCCCCUCCAAGGGCCACAUGAACUUGAACUCCUUGCUUGGAGACGAUAUGGACACUGAGGAGCCCAAGGAGGAGAGGGUUUUCGCCAAACCAAUGCCCAAACAAAGACAAUCGUCGCUCCAAUUGGCUGGAGUUGCCCCUGGGCUUCAAAAGAAACCAUCUCUGGCCAGCUUGCGUCUGCAAACACCCCAAAACACGCCCUCCUUCAAAACACCCACGCUUCAGAACAAACCAUCCAUACCCUCCCUUCAGAAAAAACCAUCUAUACCCUCCCUUCAGAAGAAACUGUCGAUACCCACGCUUCAAAAAAAGCUGUCCAUACCCACCCUCCAGCAAAAACCACUGACUCUGCUGUUGCAGAAACUGCCUACUUGUCGUUCUCUCAGACAACCCGAAAAAUACCAGGCGCUUCAAAAGAAACCAUCUGCUUCAAACCUCCAGAAGCCCACGAACCUUCAGAAGAAGCCAUCUUCCGCCAGUCUCAAGCCCUCGGGAUCCAGAAACUUCACCAUUCCGCAGCCUUUUUCCCUCUACGAUAGGCCCACGGUUCUGUCUUCACAAAAGACGCUUUCAAAAGAAAAUGGCCGCUCUCCUAGUGGCAUGUCCCUUAGUAGCAUGAACUCUGACGUGAGCCAGCGGUCGCUUAGCAAGUUCCAGAAGUUCAAGAGCCGUUUCGCCUAG